CUCCCCAGAGGGAAGGAGAGGCGGGGAGCCGGAGCCCGCAGCUCCAGGCUGCUUUACCUGCACCUCGCCCGCGGGCCGGGAGCGCGCCGGGGCCGGGAGCUCGGCCCCCCGCAUCCCAUGGGGUGUGCGCGGCCCCCGCCGCUCCCCGCUCCCCCGGGCGCUGCUCCUGCCCGGCAUGGAGAGCCUGAGCCCCAGCCUGAAGAAGAAAGCCACCGAGCAGCACUACAGGGCAGAGGUGAUGAUUGCUGGAGAGCAGCUGAGGCUUCGCCUCCACGAUGGGAAGCUCAUUAAGGACAGACGUUACCACCUCCGGACGUACCCAAACUGCUUCGUGGCCAAGGAGCUCACGGACUGGCUGAUCGACCACAAGGAGGCGCCGGACAGGGAGACAGGGAUCCGCCUCAUGCAGAAGCUGAUGGACCACUACAUCAUCCAUCACGUGUGUGAUGAGCACUCAGACUACAAGGACGCCAAGCUGCUGUACCGCUUCCGCAAGGACGACGGGACCUUCCCGCUCAGCAAGGACGUGAAGGUGUUCAUGAGAGGACAGAGCCUUUAUGAGAAGCUGGUGAGCGUGGAAGGGUCAAUUCUGAAGGUGAGAGAGGAGAACUCGGUGAAGUACCAGAGGACUUUCCUGGGCUGUGAGAUGAUUGACUGGCUCGUUCAGGAGGGAGAAGCAGAGAACCGAAAGGAAGCGGUGGAGCUGGGCCGGGCGCUGCUGGAGCAUGGGAUCAUCCAGCAUGUCUCCAAUAGACAUCACUUCUCUGACAGUGACAUCCUCUACCAGUUCUGGAUCAACUUUCGCCGGAGGCGGCGUCUCACAGAGCUGCUCAACGAGAACUCUUCUCGUGCCCUCUCUGAGAGCCCAGACAGCCCAUUCUGCCUUCGCAAGCUCAACCCAGACCCAGGCAACACCAGCUUUCUCUCUGUCCAGACCUACAAGGAGAUCAAAGUUGCAGUUCGAAGGAGCAGCAUCACUUCCCUCGCUGGAAACUCCAACCCCUACUUCAGCACCACUCCCACGCUGGUCUUCCCUCCUGUGGCCGAGUGCAACCCCAAAUCAGUGUUAAAGAGACCCGUCAGCAAUGAAGAGCUCCUGUCCCCUGGGGCCCCGUACAUCAAGAAAACUCUCACUAUCGUGGGGGAUGCAGUGGGCUGGGGGUUUGUGGUCCGAGGAGGAAGACCUUGCCACAUCCAGGCAGUCGACCCUGGAGGACCUGCUGCUGCUGCAGGGAUGAAGGUGUGCCAGUUUGUUUUCUCAGUGAAUGGUAUGUAUGUUUUGCAUCUGGACUACCAGACCAUCAGCAGCCUCAUCAUGACAGGACCCCGAACUCUGGUGAUGGAAGUCAUGGAAGCCACUGAAUGAGUAAAAGAGUCUCAUCCCACCACUGUUGGGAAAGGCAGGAUGCUUCACUAAGCAAGGAUGACUGUGGGGAGGGACCAAGCUUGACCUUUCACUCUGAAAUGUUAGCCAGGCAUUUUAAUAUAUUUUCAAAUAAAUACAUUCUAAUAGACAA